CGCGGAGUAGGUGCUAGUAGCUGGGGAGAGGGUGUUUUUGGUACGUUUGAGAUGUCAAUCAGGGCAGUGGAGGAAAAUGGCAACCCUGAAUGAGCGCAGGGCCGAGGAGCCCCAAAGCCGCCCUGCGCUGCCCGCACGAGGCGGCUGCCGAGCCUGACGCAGGCCGAGACGGCGUGCGGGGGCACAAGAAAAAGCUAGAAGCCCUCGCAGCGGGCCUUCGGCCUUCCCCGGCACACCUCUAGUAACUGGGCGGGUCUCCAGAGCCACAAUGGACACAGCUAGCCAUAGCCUUGUUCUUCUGCAGCAGCUCAACAUGCAACGAGAAUUUGGUUUUCUGUGUGAUUGCACGGUUGCUAUUGGAGAUGUUUACUUCAAAGCCCACAGAGCAGUGCUUGCUGCUUUUUCUAACUAUUUUAAGAUGAUAUUUAUUCACCAAACAAGUGAAUGCAUAAAAAUACAACCAACUGACAUCCAACCUGAUAUAUUCAGCUAUUUGUUGCACAUUAUGUAUACGGGGAAAGGGCCAAAACAGAUUGUGGAUCAUAGUCGUUUGGAGGAAGGGAUUCGAUUUCUUCAUGCUGACUACCUUUCUCACAUUGCAACUGAAAUGAACCAAGUGUUUUCACCAGAGACUGUGCAGUCCUCAAAUUUGUAUGGGAUUCAGAUCUCAACAACCCAGAAAACGGCUGUCAAGCAAGGACUGGAGGUCAAAGAAGCUCCUUCUAGUAACAGUGGAAACAGAGCUGCUGUUCAGAGUGAGCAUCCCCAGUUGCAGCUUUCCCUUGCAAUUGGGCUGGAUGAUGGCGCUACAGACCAGCAGAGGGCCCAUCCUGCCACCCAGGCCUUGGAGGAGCACCCAAAGCCCCCAGUGUCUAUCAAGCAGGAAAGAUCUGACCCAGAAUCUGUCAUCUCUCAGAGCCACCCUUCACCUUCAUCAGAAGUGACAGGUUCUACUUUUACGGAAAGCAGCAUUAAAAUACACUUAUGCCAUUACUGUGGGGAACGUUUUGAUUCCCGUAACAACCUAAGACAACAUCUCCAUACACAUGUGUCUGGAUCCCUCCCAUUUGGUGUGCCUGCUUCCAUCUUGGAAAGUAACGACCUUGGUGAAGUGCAUCCACUUAAUGAAAACAGUGAGGCUCUUGAAUGCCGCAGGCUCAGCUCUUUUAUUGUCAAGGAGAAUGAACAGCCACCUGACCACUCAAACCGGGGCGCCACAGAACCUUUGCAGAUAAGUCAAGUAUCUUUGAUCUCCAAAGACACUGAGCCAGUAGAAUUAAACUGUAAUUUUUCUUUUUCAAGGAAAAGAAAAAUCAGCUGUACCAUUUGUGGUCAUAAAUUUCUUCGAAAGAGCCAAUUGCUAGAACACAUGUAUACACACAAAGGUAAAUCUUACAAAUAUAAUCGAUACCAAAGGUUUGGUAAUGCAUUAGCACAGAGAUUUCAACCAUAUUGUGACAGCUGGUCUGAUAUCCCCCUAAAAAGUACUCGUUUGUCACAAGAACAUUUAGACUCAUCUUGUGCCUUAGAGUCAGAACUCCCACAAGAAAAUGUGGACACUAUCCUAGUUGAAUAGCAGUUUUUCCUUCAGAAUUUGCAUAUCAACUCUGAGAUAGAAAAUUCACCUGUAUAUUUUCAUUUGUAAAUUAUUUUCCUCCCCACAUUUAUUGGCUUUUAUUAUCCAUAGUGUUACGGAUGUACAUAUUAGGUCUUAACUAUAAAAUAUAUAAAUAUAUGUCUGUUAAAAUGAACUUUCAGUUGGAGUCAUGAAUGUUCCCUAAAGUUGUAACUUAGAAAUCAGAAAUCAGUGUAGAAAUAUGGAACUUUAGAGUGAAUAGUUGAUAGGAUUUCUAAGUUUCUCCAGGUUGAAUAUCAGUAAAAUUAAAUUGAAUAUAAAAUAAAUGAAAUCUUUUAAAAAAAUAUUUUGGCUAACUGUUCACAUGAAUUGAGCCCUUCUGAGGAUUAUUUAAAAA